AUGGCGACUCAACUUCUGGCGGUUCGACCUCUGGCGAAUCAACUGAUUCUAAAGUCGCCAUCCCAAGACAUCUUGGUCUAUGGGGUUGUGUGUGGCAUACGGCCAGAGAGACCGUUGGUACCGGUCUCAUGGGAUAACGGUCUCGCAAAACCUGUGAAAACACUUCAGAAGCCCGUCGGGAGUGUUAUCGGCACAGGCAUCUUCAUCUCGCCUGCGGGGAUCCUGCGGGGUACCGGUGGGUCGGUAGGGCUAGCCCUCAUCUUCUGGGUAGUUUGCGGUGUUAUCCAGACCUGCGGGGGAUUCGUCUAUGCCGAGCUGGCCGUCAUGAUAAAAAAGUCUGGAGGGGAAGUGACUUUUAUUCACGAUGCCUAUGGUCCCGCGGUCGCCUUCCUAAAGGUCUGGAUCAUCAUCUUCUUCCUGACCUCUGGUUCGGCUGUCGUCGCUGUCAUCAUCCCGGAGUACCUACUCACCCCGUUCUUCCCCUGCUCGGGGCCUCCAAUCCUCGCUGUACGAUUCAUGGGCAUCUGUGUUGUAUUUUUCCUAAUUGCAAUAAACUGUCUGAGCGUCAAAGGACCUACUCGCUUUGCUGGGUUCUUUACGAUCACCAAGACCAUCGGGCUUAUAAUUAUCAUCGUCACCGGCAUGUAUAACAUCGCUAAUGGUCAUACGACUUACUUGGCAAACGCAUUCAGUACUGGUAACCCGAGUAUAAAGCUCCUACCUAUAGCCUUCUAUUCAGGGACGUGGGCCUACGGGGGUUGGGAUACCGUGUCCGCUUUGACAGAAGAAAUAAAACAACCUCAACGAAACAUUCCUCUAAGUUUAGUCAUCUCUAUGGCAACCAUCAUCAUCAUCUAUGUGCUGACCAACAUCGCUUACUUCACUCUUCUAUCACCAGAGGAAGUGCUUAGUUCUUCAGCUAUUGCUGCAGACUACAGCGUUAAAGCGUUGGGUAGCUGGUCUUGGCUUAUUUGGUUCUUCGUUUCUAUGUCGGCCAUGGGUGCUCUCAACUCUGGCAUCUACAAACGUGGGAGGCAACUCUUCGCCUUGGCUCGAGAGGGCGUGCUACCGGAGAUCGUGGCCAUGCUCAACGUCAACUACUACACCCCUAUCGCUGCGACCUUCAUCACCCUCAUCGGGCUCAUCUACCUGGUCGAAGACGAUAUUUUCACUAUCAUGGCUUACGUGGGCUUCGUUGAAAACAUCUUUGACACGAUGACGAUUGCCAUAGUGCCCUAUUACCGAUGGAAGUACCCGGAUCGGGAGAGAUUGGUCAAGGUGAGCAAAGCGAGAAGUCGACUCCCAUAA